AUGGACCCAGGUUACCUGAGGAAUCGUCUCGCCCCCAUCACAUUGACCCAUUCUACCUGGUCCGGCAGGAAGGGUGGCUAUGCUCCAUUUCUUUCUCUGGCAAGUCGUGGACUCGAAGCUGUGUCUCAAAAUGAUGAGGAUGAUCUUCCAGGGCCAGGAUCCUAUGAGAUUGAGAGAAGACAGAAAAUUGUUAAAGGAGGCCAAAGCCCUCAAUACAAGGAAAAACGUUUCAAAGACAUACACAGUGAUACACCUGGUCCUGGAACAUAUUGCCAACCUCCUUCAGUGAAUCCAGAAGUUAGUAAGGCAAGGAGACAAUUGAAAAUGCCUUCUGCACAGAAACUUGCAGGCUGUAUCAAAUAUUUUCGAAAGUCAGAGGCUCCAUCUAUUCCUUCUCAAGGGCAAGCAUUUGGUUAUGAAGAGGCUGAAGAUGGGACACUUAUAAAAUAUAGCCAUCCUGUAAGAGACAGUACUUUGGGACCAGCAUACUAUCAAACAAUAUAUAAUGAAACUUAUCCAACUAUGAAGUAUAAAGGAGUGCAUUUUGGCAAUUUGACAGAAAAGCGUGAUAAAUUUAAGCCACACGAGGGCCCUGGACCUGCAGACUAUGAUGUAAUUCCGGAAAGCGCAGUGCAUUGUGAAAAUGUCAACAUCAAGAAGGAAGACCAGAAAAAAUGUGUUCUCUAUAUUCCACGGUAUCAUGAAGAAAUAGUAUUACAGGAAGAAAAAAAGGGUGUUCCAGGUCCUGGCCAAUAUGACAUAAAAAGCCAGUUUGGGAAGGCAGGUAGUGUCACACAAAGUGAAGUUCAUCGUGUUCCUUUUCUUUCUCUUUCUGAGAGGUUCGUACCUGUGAAAACUUCUGCUCCAGCUCCUGGCACAUAUGAUGAAACACGCUCUGCUCUUGAAUCUUUGAGAAGACCAUAUGGAUCAAAAAGCAUCCCAUUUGGCCAUACCUCAGUUCGAUUCACCCAAGACUCCAGAUUGCAAAAAACACCAGGUCCUGCAUAUUAUAAUAUCCUCAAUUACAGAAUUGCAACACCCAAUCUUAAAAAGGUUCUCACAGAGAGAAAAAAGAAAGGAGCAUUUGGCUCUUCAGUUCCUCGACUGUUAUAUUUAGUUAAUAGGGAAGCUUUUACUACACCUGGACCUGCUGAUUAUCAGGUCAAAGAAACUGUAGAAGAAUCACAUAAGAAGAAAAAGGAAUUAUCUGUUUUUGUAUCAGCGAUUGAGAGAAUUCCGGUAACCCACUCGGAAGCUCCACCUCCAGGUUCCUAUGAUGUUCAUAAAUCAUUUGAGAAAUCACAGUGUAAGAGUGAAUAUAUGCCUCCACGAACUGUGAUGGCUAAAAGGAGGCAUGCGUCUUUUCUCAGUGGAACACUUAGGGAAAAUCCAUUAAAGAUUGAGGGGGAUAUACCAG